AUGUAUGUGCGGCAGCUUCUUCUGCUUGCCCUCCUGACCUCGGAUUCAGCAAGAGCUGCGGUAUCGGUGCCCUCCGAGUACAACUCCAGCUACACGAGCAUGACUGUGACAACGGAGCGCUACGCCUGCAGUGGCGAGCUUACUGGCACCAGAGAUUCAACACAAGUCGGCAGCAUCGUGUUGGGAUCCGACCUGUGCUCGGAACGCUCGUCUUUCUUCGAGUGCUCCUUAAAUGGAUCGAAGAUCGGCCACUUUGACUGCUCCUCGAAUGCUUUGAUUGAGGAGUUUUCCGUGGGAUCCUGCUUAAGAUGUGACGACUACAACUUCUCCUGCGAUAAGAUCUGGUGGAAGGGAACCUUGUACGACACAAGGAUCUUGUUCGCUGUCACGACUCUUUCUGCGAUGAUGGUCACACAGUAUCUGGCUAUGGUCUACAAAGACUCCGGGCUGCAGCCUUCCUGUCCGCAGAUACCCGCCGCAGCUGGCCAGGUUUUCGAGGAUGCUCCAGCUUUGGAGCUCUUUGACCUUGCGCGCCAGCAGGGGCGACUCCUUGUGUUGCUGGACGGCUUUGAUGAAGCUGGACAUCUGGAGCGAGAUUCCUUCUACUUUGUGGUUGGGGUGUCUGCUUUUCAAGGGGGAGGCUAUUCCUUCCUUUCUGCAGGGAGGCAGAAAAAAAGGCGAGCUGGCGACGCAAAUUUCCACGUAACCUCGAGGGAGAUGAGUGGCGUGCUGUCCGGAUCAGACUUCAGCCGAUUUCGCACCGUCAGGGUCAAAGAGCUGAACGAGGUGCAGCGGAAGCAGGUCAUCGAGCGAAGGCUCACAUCCUCCGAGGCCGUGGAGUCUUUCUGCACCCAGCUGACCCUGAACCCCGCCCUCUGCAUGAUGACCAGGAACCCGCUCCUCCUGAAUGUCACGCUUUCUGUCUACGAGUCGAGUGGAGAUCUGGACGGCCGGGCAUUGAAUCGAGGCGGGAUGGAUGUGUCGGAGGGCAUGCGAGCCUCCAGCUUGCGGGCUAUUCUCAAAAGUCUGGCUUUCGAGGCCCACUCCCAGCGCGAAGGCAGGGGCAUUCGUGACUUUCACCGGCCCCUCGUCGAGAAGGCUAUCCGAUCGUGCCGUCUCGCCACGGACUUCAGCAUUGAAGAAUGGGAGGCGGUGGAAGACAGCAUCAAGAAGGGCCAACUACCAGUGCUGACCUGGUUCUCCGAGGAUGGCCAGGAUACUUUCCGAUUUGCUCACCUCACCUUCCAGGAGUUCCUUUGUGCGGAGUACUGCUUGGCCAGAUGUCAACAGAGCGAAGACUUCGUCUUCGAGCUCCGGGAGUUGAUCUGCUCAGCUGGGCCGCAGGAGAUCCUCCGAAGGGGCUGGUGGCAGCAAUCCAUCCAGAUGUUCUGCGACUUGUCGAUAGCUACAGAUGCGAAACACUCCUCCGGCUCCUGUUGGGGCACUGUCUUGGGGGAAUGCCUGCUUCAGCUCGGCGCGUACAACACGGUCCCCGAAACGACCGGUGAAGGCCGUGGCGAAGCAGCCAGCUCAGAUGCUGAAUCCGAGUCCCAGUGCAUCUCGGACGAGUCUUUCUCAGAGGCCGCGGCCAGUAUGGAGGGGUCUUGGGGGCAGGGG